ACCUUGCUAGAAUAUCCUAGAAAAUGUUAUACGACCUAACAGUGACGUGGGGAUAAUUUAUAAAAAAAAUCCCGUGACCGUGUUGGUAUCACUGACAUGAGUUGGCCAUCCUAACCAAAAAGUACGUAAAUUAACUGUUGACAGGGAGUUUUAGAAUUGAUGCAUUUUUAGUAGAAACUGUUUGUGUCACUAGUGAAAAAUUGUGCAAUUUAAUUUAGAGUAGUGUACUGGUGACUGAAGGGUCAUUGUAGUAAAUAUGGCUGACGAUGUUCCGGUAAAUCCCGAAAAUGCGGAACAGAAAAAGGGUGACGGCGAGGAAACGGACGAGGCUGCCUCGGGUAAAAUCAUCACCGUGACCGUCAAAACCCCCAAAGAAAAGGAAACUGUUCAGGUGUCGGAGGAUAUGUCUAUUCGAGAGUUUAAGGAUGUUAUUGCACCUAAAUUCAAUGCCGAACCGGACCAACUGUGUCUUAUAUUCGCCGGCAAAAUCAUGAAGGACAGCGAUUCGCUCAAGCAACACAAUAUUAAGGAUGGGCUGACCAUUCAUCUUGUCAUUCGUGCUGCCCCUCGACAAACAGGGAGACCUCCAGCGGAUAUAAGUCAAACACCGUUCGAAUUGGGGAAUCUCGGCGGUUUGGUGGGCCUUGGCAAUUUGGGUGCCGGUUCCUCCUCCUUCAUGGAGCUGCAGAAUCGCAUGCAAUCGGAAUUGCUUUCCAAUCCGGACAUGCUGCGACAGGUGAUGGACAAUCCUUUAGUGCAACGUCUUAUGACCGAUCCGGAAAAUAUGCGUGCUCUAAUUACCCGGAAUCCACAGAUGCAGGAGUUAAUGGAUAGGAAUCCGGAGAUCAAUCACAUGCUCAACAAUCCGGAAUUAUUGAGACAGACCAUGGAGCUGGCCAGGAAUCCGUCUAUGUUGCAGGAGCUGAUGCGCAGUCACGACAGGGCCAUCAGCAAUCUCGAGAGCAUUCCGGGAGGAUAUAACGCCCUGCAAAGAAUGUACCGUGACAUUCAGGAACCAAUGUUGUCUGCAACUACGGAACAGCUCAACCGCAACCCGUUCGCCAGCCUGGUAGACAACACGUCCACCAACAACCCGCAGCAGGGCACAGAGAACCGUGAACCCUUGCCGAACCCGUGGAGCGGCCAAACCCCGCCGAACCCUCCGGCCACGUCGCCGGGCCGCGGCGUCAUCAACAACCCUCCGAUGACCAGUCUGUUGCAGCAGAUAUCUGACAAUCCGCAACUGAUCCAGAACAUGCUCUCUGCUCCCUACACGCAGUCGAUGAUGGAGGCUCUGGCUGCCGACCCGAACAUGGCUAACAGCCUGUUGGCCGACAACCCGCUGAUCGCCAACAACCCUGCGUUGCAGGAGCAGAUGAGGGCCAUGAUGCCGCAGUUCCUUCAGCAGAUGCAGAACCCCGAGAUCCACAACCUGAUGACCAAUCCUCAGGCGCUGAACGCCAUCAUGCAGAUCCAACAGGGCAUGGAGACGCUGAGACAGACGGCGCCCAGCUUAGUGAACACGUUCGUGCCCCCCACCACGACCGCCUCAGCGGCCGCCUCGACCACUGCCGCCCCGAGUGUCACGACGCCGACGGCCACGAGCACCGCGGCGCCGACCACCGGGACCACUUCUACGUUGCCGGCGACCGGGGGUAACGGACACAGACCUGUGGAUCAGUUUUCAGAAUUUAUGGCGCGAAUGGUAGCUGGAAUGACGCAGAACGAUAACCAAAUACCACCGGAACAGCGGUACCAGGCCCAACUGGAACAGCUCGCCGCAAUGGGUUUUGUAAAUAGGGAAGCUAAUUUACAGGCGCUAAUUUCGACGUUCGGCGACAUCAAUGCCGCCGUCGAAAAGCUGUUGGCGCUUGGGCAACUGUCUAUGAGCUAACCUUUCUUUUUUGGAAACUCUUAUGAUUAGUUAUUCCAUGCAUUCUUAGUUAUUCAUUUUAAUUACUUGAUUAAGCUGAACGUACGUUCGGUGGUUAUUUUGUUCCGGUAAAAGUUAAUUUUGUUACGCUCUUAAAGUCGUAACUAUUGUUUGAUUGGGAAUUUUAGGAUGAUGUCUAAAAUCUGUUAAGCGAACCGGCAAGUGCGCAAGCGUUUGCUGUUGGUUGUCAAUAAUUUUCUAUAAAUUUGUUACAGAUACAUGUGUCUUUUUUGGAACAGUGAAUGUUUCUAUAUUACUUUUUAUUAACUCAGAAGUUAUCAAGGUACUGGAAGUCAAACAGCCUUUGACAACCUCUGGCUUAAAUGAUUUUAAUGGUCGUGACUAAAUCGCAAAGAUAUUUCUCAAACGAUUCCAUAAAUAAUCUGAUACAGAAUAUGAUUGCUGUGGAUUAUAUUAUUGAACACAAUUGACGCCAAAAUUUUAAGUUAACUAAAUUUCUGUGUCUGGCUGUUUAAGGAUUUCCUAAAAUUAAGUAAGUUAUAGUUGUUUUUGUUUCCAUAAAAUGUAUUAAAUUACCAAUCCCAUUUUAUUUCCCCAAUUUCUAGUCUGGCGUAAAUUUGGAUCGGCUAAUUUCUUCAAAACAUUCUAAACAUAAAUUAUUAACGAACCCGUUCUAGUAUACAUAAAUAUUAAAAUUGAAAAAAAUUAUAUUAUAACUGUUCUUUCGUUACUGUUCUAAGAUCUUUACGUAACAUUUGUGUACGCCUGUCCGAAAUGAUGAUAAUAUAAUUUAGUCCAGAUUGAUUGCAAUUUUGAAAUAAUCGGUAAAAAAAUAUACUAGUAAAUUCGCUGUGUCAUAUCUGAAUGUAAUUUGUAAUAUUCCAUGUUUCUAGUCGGUUUUCUGUUAUUUUGGAUGGGCUUGUCUUGCAAAAUAUUUUAUAUUUUCAUCAGCAUGUAAUUAAUGAACGUUGUAGGGGACAAAAAAAUGUGCUGUGUCAAAACUGAAAACAUCAAAUGGUGUUAGUAACUACUAGAUGAUUAAGUUUUAGCCUUAAAAAUUAGUAUAAGCUCACAUGAAUCGAAUAAUUUUUUUUGUCCGCUACUGAAAAUUAUGGUUUCUUAUAUAAAAUAUUUUGGGAAAACUAUUUCACUCGAUGUUGAUAAUUUAGGGUUUGAUAUACACAAAUUUAUGUAAGAGAGGUAAUUUUAUUAUAUGGUAGAUUUAUCGAUAUGUAAAUCUUAUUUAUUAUCUAUAUUUUCCCAUUAUAACUGUCAACUGAACCUUGUUUGAUUUUUAUAAGCAGAAAAUAUAAGACUCGGAGUUUAUUUUUCAACUGUGCCGUUUAUUUUAUUUUAUUUAGUUUCUUUCAUUUAUGCCUAAUGUACUGAAGUUCUAACUAAUGCACUGUCAGGGACAUGAUACACCAGUUGUGUAAUUUUAAUCUGUUAUCACUGUGAAAUUAAUUAUUAGAAAAAUAAACAUUUUCUAGGAGA